UAUAUCACAAACAAAAUUAAAUGGAAGUGAUAUGUAUGCACACGAAUGUUCCUAUAAAUAGGAGACUGUGGUUUAAAGUCGGUUCAAUCGAUGCAGUGUGCUAAGUGAGACUUGAGAAUUUAUACUCGAUUUUUUUUUAAACAAAAAUCUAUUUUUUCUACUAUAUCGGUUGGCAGAACAACAAAUAUGAACUUUAAGUCAUUAGGAAUAUUUUUUAUUCCACUCUGCAUUUUUGCAAUUCGUAAUCAAAGCACGAAUGCACAAGCGAUUCAACGGCCGUCGGUUAGAGCCUGUGCGGCUUUGGACAAUGGACUACAGCAUAAUUUGAUACAGCGCACACCCGAAGGUAGUGCUGCUGCACCCGGAAAAUAUCCUUACAUGGCACUUAUUGGUUAUCAAACCGAAGACAAAACUGUCGUAUUUCCAUGUGCUUUGAUAGAUAAACGUUUCGUGCUAACCUCGGCUCAAUGUAUAAAAAGCCGUAGUAACGGUAAACUAGCAGUAGUCCGUCUAGGUAUUACACGCCUUGAUGAUCUGGCACAAAAUAACAGGAUGGUGGAGAAAAAUAUCAAAUUCCAUAAUCAUCCUGAGUUUUCAUUAUUUUCUUAUUACAACGAUAUCGGUUUGGUGGAAUUGGAUAGUGACGUUAAUUAUUCGCCGUGGGUGUAUCCCGUUUGCUUAUUUACCGCUGCAAUUCCUUUAAAUAACACUGAGUUGUAUACCACGCGUUGGGGUGUCAAUGGUCAACGCAUAGUGGCUGCCGCACGUAUGCGCAUUCUUCCGAUUCCAUUGUGUCGAGAUGCUUAUAGUGAUUUUAUAGACCGUCGAAUCGCAGAUGGUAUACGGAAAACACAGUUAUGUGCACACAAUGUUAUUGAACAGUGGCACAAUUGUAGUAAUACUGCUAAUGGACCUAUGGUUUAA